AUGCACAAGUUGACCAUCCUCAACGUGCUUGAUACUCUUGCGAAACCAUUUCCGACACCGCAAAUCUCUCCCGAGGUGACUCAGCAGCGCGAUAAGAUUGGGUUCAUCCCCAAAAAUCCUCGUCGGUUUGGGCGAUACACCUUUGGGGACGAGCACGCCGUAGCAUCAGCAAUUCCACUCGAACAACAGCAUCCCUUGGCCGAUCUCAGCACAGAUCCCAGCGCCCAUGUCGUCUCCGAUGGUGUAACCCAGUCUCCUGCAGGGGUGGCGGCCUCGGGCCCUCGCGGUCGCUUCUUGCAUAUUACCGAUUUCCACCCCGACCAAUACUACAAAGCGGGCACCCUGCUCGAUGAGAAAGGCGGGACAUGCCAUCGCGGCAAGGGGCCAGCGGGAUACUUUGGCGCGGAAGGUUCAGACUGUGACUCUCCAUUGUCUCUGGUCAAUGAAACGUUUCGGUGGAUUGAGGAAAACUUGAAGGACGAGAUCGACUUUGUCAUUUGGACCGGGGACUCGGUCCGCCAUGACAACGAUGAAAAACACCCACGAACCGCAGACGAGAUCGUGGAACUCAACCAGUUCAUGGCCCAGAAAUGGGUCGAUCUGUUUGGAGUCAGUGAUCAAGCCAAAAGCCCUGCCACCAUCCCCCGGCUGUCCGUACCGGUCAUUCCCACCUUUGGCAACAACGACAUCCUGCCCCAUAACAUUUUCCGAGAGGGUCCCAAUACGUGGACGAAGAAGUUUGCUGAAAUAUGGCGCCAUUUCAUUCCGGAAGAUCAACGCCACACUUUCGUCGAGGGUGGAUGGUUCACCACCGAGGUCAUUCCCGGUAAACUCGCUGUCAUUAGUUUGAACACCAUGUACUUCUUCGAAUCUAACAGCGCGGUGGAUGGGUGCAAUGCCAAGUCGGAGCCUGGGUACGAGCACAUGGAGUGGCUGCGGGUUCAGCUGCAAUUGUUACGAAGCCGUGGCAUGAAGGCGAUCCUAAUGGGCCAUGUGGCUCCCGCUCGGUCGAAUGAGAAGAAGAACUGGGAUGAAAGCUGCUGGCAGAUGUAUACGCUGUGGAUGGACCGGUACCGUGAUGUCGUCGUGACCGGUCUUUAUGGGCACAUGAACAUUGACCAUUUUAUCCUGCAAGACAGCCACAAGGUUGACAUUGACGCUGUUUUGGAGAAGUCUACGAGUGACACGAUAACGACGUUGUCAAAGGAGGACUAUCUCGUCUCGCUUCGCAAGCAAUGGUCCUCGCUGCCGUCGCCUCCUUCUGGUCUCUUCGAAAAGCUGCGCAGCUCGUCCGACUCUUCCGAAUUCGACUCGACGAAAAAGAAGAGCAAGAAGGAAAAGAAGAAGGAGAAAAAAGAGAAGAAGAAGUAUUUGAAGAAGAUCGGAGGGCCGUUUGCCGAGCGAUACAGCCUUUCACUCGUCUCGCCGAGUUUGGUGCCGAACUACUUCCCUACGCUGCGGGUGGUUGAAUACAACAUCACUGGACUGGAGGCCGAUUCCAACUACAGCAAUGAUCGAGAUUCUUCCGAUUUGUCUACCGUGGGAUCAACUGUGCAUGAAACUCAAACUUCCGAGAUCGAUAUUGAGAAGAAGAAGAAGAAAAAGAAGGACAAGGAUAACAAGCCACCAAGUUUCAAAAUCCCUGAUGCUCCGUCCUCCACGGCACCCCCAGGCCCAGCAUACUCCAACCAACCAUUCACCCUGCUUUCCUACACCCAAUAUUUUGCAAACCUCACUCGAAUCAACGAGGAGGCUGCGUCCCAAGGAAACAAGGCCCCCAAAAUUGACUUUGAAGUCGAAUAUUCUACCAACGACAACGGCGCAUGCCAGAUGACGGACUUGACGGUCCGUAGCUUCUUGGAGCUUGCCAUUCGAAUCGGUGAAGAUGGAGCAGCCGCAACGGAUAUCACCAUCUCCCCGGAUCCUUUGGUCACGAAAAAGAAAAAGGUGAACGAGGCCUGGCACACGUUCCUCUCCCGAGCAUUUACUGGGUUUGUUGAUGUGGAUGAUAUGACUCUGAGCGCAUACAGUCUUUGA